AUGUCGCGGUUCAAUUAUCUCUUUACUUUGUCGGCGUUCAUUUCCUUGUUUGCGGGUAGUUUCGUGACGUCAACUGCGAUUCCGAAAGACGACUCGUCUGGUGCAACUACAAAAAUUAUCGCUCCCUCCCACCAACCGUUUUUAUCACUCUUUGUCGUCAUUGUCGCCGGCACGACGACUGUCGACCCAUCGAGUGACGAUGAUGAUUUUCACUACAACAAUUAUGGUGGGACGAAAGCCGUCGCGAAACGGUCAGUCGUCGUCGACGGCCGUCGUCGAUUGGACGUCUCCGCCAUGCAUGCUAUACUAGAUGAACCCAGCAAACGGAAAUUCUCGAAUGGACGCAGAAGAUUUGUUAAAUCUAAAAAUAAGGGCAAAAAAGGGGUCACUUUUGAGCGACGAUUCGCGUUUGACAAAGAUAUUGAGCUGCAGCGCCAUCUCGAACUUGGUGUCUCACAGUCUGAUGCUGCAGUGGAUAAAGGAAAGGCUGAUGGAGACUUCAUUGAGCAGAAGAAAGACGAUAAGAUUUGCUUCUCCAAAUCUUGCGUUCAAGCAGCCUCUGAUAUCUUGGACAACAUGGACAGGACUGCGAAUCCUUGCGAGGACUUCUACCAGUUCACUUGUGGAACUUUCCUCAAGAACACAGUCAUUCCGGAUGACAAGACUUCAGUGAGCCAGUUCUCGAAAAUUUCCGACGAGCUCAAGGAGAAACUGCGGCUUUUGGUGCAGGAGAAGCCAGAUGCUGAAAAGGAAAUUGCGCCUUUCUCCAACCUCAAGAGGCUCUACCAGAGCUGUCUCAACAAAACUCGAGUGACGGAAUUGGGUCUCAGUCCGUUAACGGACGUCCUAAAGGAACUCGGCGGUUGGCCAGCAGUUGCAGGCGAUGCCUGGAAAGAAGACCAGUUCUCAUGGACUGAAAUUGUGUACAAAUUCCGCACGAUGGGUUUCAGCGUCGACUACUUUUUCGACUUUUCAAUCGUCAACGAUUUGAAGAACUCCACCUGGCGCAUCAUCGAUAUUGAUCAGCCGAGUCUGGGGAUGAGCAGGAAGUACUUCAUGAAGGGGAUCAAUGACCCAGACAUUGUAGCGUACCACAAGUACCAGACGGAUUUGGCGAUACUGCUGGGUGCUGAUCCUGAAACUGCCAAAAAGGACAUGAAAGACGCCCUGCUCUUCGAAAUCAACAUGUCAAACUUUUCAUUGCCGGACGAGGAGCGUAGGAACACGACGAGUUUGUACAACAAGAUGACUGUGGGGGAUCUUGUACAACGUUGGCCGUCCAUCCCGUGGAUUGAUUACAUCAACAAGCUCCUGGCACCCUUUCAUAAAAUUGACAAGACCGAGCCCGUCAUCGUCGACGUGCCGUCUUACAUCACCGCCUUUGAAAAGCUCAUUGCUGAAACUCCUAAACGGGUAAUCGCCAAUUAUGUAAUGUGGCGAAUUGCAGCGGCAUCUGCUGGUUAUUUGACUGAGAAUGCGAGAGAUAUUCAGCUGGAAUUUUCUGCCAAGUUGACCGGACGGUCAGAGCAACAAGCCCGAUGGAAGGAAUGCAUGGGUGUCGUCUUGGGCAGUUAUUCAAAUGCCAUCGGUUCCAUGUACGUUCGCCGGUAUUUUGACGAGUCUGCAAAACACGCGGCAUUGGAGAUGGUGCAGGACAUCAGAGAGGAAUUCGAUGAUAUUUUGGACGAGAUCGACUGGAUGGACUCCAAGACCAGGUUGCGAGCCAAGGAGAAGUCGACGCGGAUCGUGUCCCACAUUGCAUAUCCGAGCGAGUUGUUGGAAGACAAGAAGCUGGUCGAUUUGUACGACGGGUUGAACAUGAAAGAAGAGUUCUAUUAUAAGAACAUGCUGGACCUGACUGUGUUUGGCACGGAUUAUUCUUUCAAGCGGCUGCGAGAGUUUGUCAACAAGACAGACUGGAUUAGUCAUGGAAAAGCUGCGGUGGUCAAUGCUUUCUACAGUCCCUUGGAAAAUAGCAUCCAGUUUCCUGCUGGAAUUUUGCAAGGCGUAUUCUUCAAUGCGGAAAGACCCAAGUAUUUGAAUUAUGGUGCUAUCGGUUUUGUUAUUGGACACGAGAUUACCCACGGGUUUGAUGAUCAGGGCAAGCAGUUUGAUUCUGAUGGCAACUUGGUCGACUGGUGGGAGCCAGACACUGCUGAAAAGUUCAAGGACAAAGCCCAAUGUAUCAUCUGGCAAUAUGGAAAUUACACCGUGCCGGAAAUUGAUCUCAACGUGAAUGGGCAAAACACUCAGGGCGAGUCGAUUGCCGACAAUGGAGGGCUAAAGGCUGCGUAUCGCGCCUACACCCGGCGCAUGAGUCGCGCCGGCCACAGAGAACCCCGUUUGCCGGGCCUGGACCUGAGCCCGAACCAGAUGUUCUGGGUCUCGGCCGGCAACGUGUGGUGCACCAAGAUGCGGAAGGAGCAGGAGAAGCUGUUGGUGUUGUCGGACCCGCAUCCGCCGAGCAGGUUUCGUAUCAAUGGCGCCGUUGUCAACAAUCGCGACUUCGCGAUGGAUUUCAAGUGUGCUGCCGGCACGCCUAUGAAUCCGUCGAACAAAUGCAUCGUGUGGUGA